UUGAUUGCACUUCCAGAUCUUGGUCUUGUAGCUGCUACGCCUAAAUCCAUUGGCUGCGUUUCUUCUUCGCAAUCAACAAUUUGCUCCUUCAUCACUAGUCUCUUUGUGUUUGUGUUAUCAACCAAAAAGAGUUCCUUUUCUUGAUUUUCAAAAAAAAAAAAAAAAAAUUCAUUUCUUGUAGCUGCUACGCCUAAAUCUGUUGGUUGUGUUUCUUCUCCAAAAUCUACAAUUUGCUCUUUCCUUAGUAGUCUCUUUGUUUUUGUGUUUGUGUUAUCAACCAAAAAGAGUUCCUUUUCUUGAUUUUCAAAAGAAAAGAAAUUUUUUUUUUUUCCAUUUCUUGUAGCUGCUACGCCUAAAUCUGUUGGUUGCGUUUCUUCUCCACAAUCUUCAAUUUGCUCUUUCAUCAGUAGUCUCUUUCUGUUUGUGUUUGUGUUAUCAACCAAAAAGAGUUCCUUUUCUUGAUUUUCAAAAAAAAAAAAAAAAAUUUUCCAUUUCCGGAGUAUGGCUGGGGAUCUUGUUUCUACCAUCGUGGACCAGCUUGGUUCACUCAUUGCUUCAGAGUUCAAGGACCGGUUUGGUUCGCUUCUUGCUUCAGAGGUUGCGUCGAUUGUAAAUGUCAAGGAAGAAGUCGAAAAGCUUGAACGCAAAUUCCACGAGAUCCAGGCAAAGCUCAACGAUGCAGAGGAAAGGCAAGUGAACGAGGAAGCUGUGAGGCUUUGGUUAGAAAAGCUCAACGACGUAUCCUACGAGAUGGCCGACGUGUUGGAUGAGUGGAACACUGCCAAGAUCAAAGCAGACAUUGAGAAAGAAGAAGAAGCUGAAGCUAGUACUGCUAAGAGGAGGAAGGUAUUGUCCCUUGUUUCUACUUUUUUUCAGCGUCGUGAUAUUGCUCUUAAGAUAAAAGAAAUUACUGAAAAGAUAGAUGUGAUUGACGGAGAGGGAGAUAUGUACCGGUUUGUACUGACUUGUGGCAAUGAAGAAGUUAUGAGACCACUAACUGAUUCCCAUGUUGAUGUGUCGAGCAUUUUCGGUCGUGAUGAGGUUAAGGGUGAUCUAGUGAACAGCCUAUUGGGCAGGGGUAAUGAAGAAGAAAGAAGCCCACAUGUCAUUUCUUUAGCGGGCAUGGGUGGCGUUGGGAAAACCGCUCUUGCUAAACUAGUCUAUAAUGAUAGUGAGUUGAAUUCGGCCCAGUUUGAGAAAAAAGGGUGGAUUUGUGUUUCUUAUCCUUUCGAUAAGUUUAUGGUUGCCAAAGCAAUCAUUCAAGCUUUUGGAGGUGGUAACUCCAACAUUACUCAAUGGUCAAGUCCAAUGGAUAAAAUGUGUGAAUGGGUUCGGGGAAGAAAGCUAUUUCUUGUCCUUGAUGAUGUGUGGAUUGAAGACUCUAUGUUGUGGGAGCCAUUUAGACUUGCAUUCCAAAAUGCUGCCCAAGGCAGUAGAAUUCUAGUCACUACACGUAACAAUAGAGUUGUAGACGUUAUGGGAAGUGCAAAAAGGAUCAAUUUGGAGAAAUUGUCUGAUGAUGACUGCUGGUCGAUUUUUAGUACAAUAGCAUUUUCUGACAGGGAUUCUGAGCAACAUAAGGAUUUAGAAGAGAUAGGCAGGAAAAUAUCAGACAAGUGCAAAGGCUUGCCCCUUACUGCAAGGACUCUAGGGAGUCUCAUGCGUUUCAAGAGGCAGAAGGAACAGUGGGAGAUGGUUUUUUUUAGUAGAUUGUGGGAAUUAGAAGACGUUGAAAAAGGUCUUUUUGCCCCAUUGUUGUUUAGUUAUUAUGAUUUGCCCUCACCACUGAAACGGUGUUUCUCAUAUUGUGCUCUCUUUCCAAAAGAUUAUGUCUUUUUUGAAGAGGAUUUGGUAUCUAUGUGGAUGGCACAAGGUUAUAUUAAGUCGAAUGCAAACAUGGAGAGAAUUGUGGGAAGAGAAUACUUAGAAAUUUUACUCAUUCGCUCUCUCUUCCAACAGGAUUAUGGAUAUAAAGAAAAUAUUAUGAGCUUCCAGAUGCAUGAUAUAGUGCAUGAUUUGGCACAACUCAUGGCAAAAAAUGAAUGCAUCACAAUCAAUGGUUACGAAGAGUUCGGGCAAAAUCUUCAAAAUGCUCGGCAUUUGUAUUUAGAAAUUCCACAAAAUGCUCAAAUUCCCGAGUCCAUCUAUAGCGCAAAAAAUCUUCGCACCCUCAUUUUCGUUGGUCUUAGAGCUCAUAACUUGUCCAAGUUGUUCCAGCAUUUUAAACUGUUACGGACAUUAACUUUGAGUUAUCAACUUGGGACAAAGGUGGCAAGGAUGAUAGCCAAAGAUGUGAACUCGGAGAAUUAAAAUAUUUGAACCACCUUCAAGGAACUCUUCAAAUAUAUGGGCUGGGGAACGUGGUAGAUGUGUGUGAGGCCAAGAAUGCAGAGCUCAAGAAAAAGAUAGGCCUGCGUGAUUUGUAUUUGCACUUUUCUGAAGAGAAUGUAGAGAAUGAUGGAGGAAGAAUGGAGACUGAUGUAUCAGUUCUGAAUGCCUUAGAGCCACCUCCAGGCUUGGAGAAGUUACAAAUUGAUUCGUACGAGGGCACCACAAUGUUCCCUAAUUGGAUGAUGUCCCUAGCCAAAUUGAAAAGUCUUAAUCUGACAGAUGGCGAAAAUUUAGAGCGUUUACCUCCUUUGGGAAAGCUUCGGUUCCUUAAAUAUUUACAUAUAUGGGGUCCCUCUUUUCCAUUCAAAAAGGUGGGUGUUGAAUUUUUGGGAAUAGAAUCUAAAAACAAGAAAGGCGGCAUAAUCAAAAUAUUCCCAAAUUUAAAUACUCUCCGGUUUGAGUGUUUGCCCGAGUGGGAAGAAUGGGUUGGGAUUGGAGGACAAGAAGAUUGUAUUAUUAUAAUGCCCUGUCUUCAAACGUUGCAAAUUUAUGGCUGCCCAGAGUUAAAGUCCCUGCCGGACUUCCUUUUUAAAAUUUCAUUGCAGAAGUUUGAGGUGUAUGAGAGUCCGAUUCUCCACAAACGUUACCAAAGAGGGAGAGGAGAGGAUUGGGCCAAGAUUUCCCAUAUCCCAAACAUCAUGAUUGAUUUUAUUCAAGUGCAAAGAGACGGUCAAGAAGUUAUUUGACGAGGAUGAUGAAGAAGAGUUUGACCAAGAAGAGCAUGUGUGAUGACGAAGAAGAGGGCCAAUGAUCUUUGCGUUUCUAGGUUCACAAAUUUUAGCUACAAGUAGAGAUUUUAUCAAUGUUGAUUUCUGUGUGUGUGUCUGUGUCGCCAAAGUUCAUUCUCGGCUUGAUUAAGUGUUGCAGAAGUCUGAUCCAGUCACAGUUUGAAGUGUUUUGUUACAUGGAAGAGCGUGGAAGUACAGGCAAGAAGAAGAAACUACAAAUACGUUAGCUUUGUUCGAUUUCGAUUAUAUACUCUUCUAAUGUUGAACUCUAAACUAUGGUCCAUAUGGGUAACUGCAUUUUGCUUAAGAGGGAAAUGGUCAUGCAAAUAACUGAAUUUAUUUAGCACCAUAAUAAGGAAAACAGGAAGUUUUAGUGGCACCUUUGAAACUGUCUACAGCAUUCACCUUUUCAUGGUGGUUUUUAUAAUGGUAGUGUAGCUUGCAUAUUGUAUCACAUAAUGAUACAUGACAGUGAGGUAAGUACUUGAUCAGGUUCUGGUUUUUUGUGGUGACAUUAUAUUUAAUCCUAGAGAUUUAAACUUCUUAUAUUUUUCCUGAUUUGUUGAGAACUAAAGUUGUAAGCAUUAGCUUAAGUGUUGUAAUCUUUAUUUGAUUAUAGUGAAUUA